AUGUCGUGGAAGCUGACCAAAAAGCUCAAGGAGACGCACCUGGCGCCUCUGGCAAAUACUUUCAGCCGGUCCUCUACCGCGUCUGCUCCCAAGGCAGAUGUCCCAGCUGAAGAUGGUGCCCCUCUUAGCAAAACUCCAACCGCAUCUUCCUCCACAAGUUCAAAUGGCAUAGCUGCUUCAGAGACAGCUGCUGCUGCAACUCCUGAUCCCUUGAAACCUGGAAUCCUCAUCGUGACCCUCCACGAAGGCCAGGGCUUCUCACUCUCCCCUCACUACGAACAAAUCUUCAACUCCCACUACCAAGGCUCCGGCCCAUACUCCGGUUCAAUGAGACCAAGCUCCUCCCACGCAUCACAUAUCCCGAACUCGUUCUCUCAGUCUAUGAGACCACAAUCUACAAGUGGUGGCAUCAACGCUGCUCCGACAAACCAUGGACGCUACUCGGCAAAGCACUUGCCAUAUGCUUUGCUAGACUUUGAUAAGCUUCAAGUCUUUGUCGACUCGGUUUCGGGUACUCCGGAAAACCCACUGUGGGCAGGCGACAACACCUCCUUCAAAUUCGACGUUUCUCGAGUUACGGACUUGAACGUUCAGGUCUACAUUCGGAACCCCGCGGCACGCCCCGGAAGUGGACGCAGUGACGACAUAUUCCUGGGAGCUUGCAAGAUCAAUCCUCGCUUUGAAGAACGCCGUCGAUUCGUCGAAGACCCUAAAGCCAGCAAAAAGGAGCGUGAGAAAGCCGCCGCAGCUUUUGCCCAAAAAGAGAAACAGCUUGGCCAGAUGGGCUCCGAGUGGAUUGACCUGCAGUUUGGCACCGGAACAAUUAAAAUCGGAGUUUCGUUUGUGGAGAACCGUCAGCGAAGUCUCACAAUGGCUGACUUCGAGCUGCUCAAGGUUGUUGGAAAGGGCAGCUUCGGAAAGGUUAUGCAAGUCAUGAAACGCGACACCGGCCGAAUUUAUGCGAUGAAAACCAUCCGAAAGGCCCAUAUCAUCUCGCGCUCAGAAGUAGAGCAUACUUUGGCCGAAAGAUCUGUCCUCUCACAGAUUAGCAACCCAUUCAUUGUUCCGCUGAAGUUUUCUUUCCAGUCUCCAGAAAAAUUGUAUCUCGUUCUAGCAUUCGUGAACGGUGGUGAGCUUUUCCAUCACCUUCAACGGGAACAACGGUUCGACAUCAACAGGGCUCGAUUUUACACGGCGGAAUUGCUAUGCGCCUUGGAGUGUUUACACGGCUUUAAGGUGAUCUACAGGGAUCUUAAACCCGAAAAUAUCCUACUAGAUUAUAGUGGUCACAUCGCCCUAUGCGACUUUGGGCUUUGUAAGCUUGGCAUGAAGGAUGAAGAUCGCACCAACAAGUAUCUCGCGCCAGAACUUCUCCUUGGUCAUGGUUACACCAAGGCCGUUGACUGGUGGACUCUGGGAGUUCUUCUAUACGAGAUGUUAACUGGUCUUCCCCCUUUCUACGACGAGGACACGAACGAAAUGUAUCGAAAGAUCUUGCAUGACCCUCUCACCUUCCCAAGUCAAGAAAUUGUCCCCGGUGCUGCGAGAGACCUUCUUUCACGCCUCCUUGAGCGCGACCCCCAGCGUCGUCUCGGUGUUGGCGGCGCUGCCGAGAUCAAAGGUCAUCACUUCUUUGCAAAUAUUGACUGGCGCAAGUUGCUACAGCGUAAAUAUGAGCCCAGCUUCCGUCCCAAUGUGGCGGACGCCCGUGAUACUGCAAACUUUGAUAUUGAAUUCACAUCAGAGGUCCCAGUCGACUCCUUCGAGGAAGGAUCCGGACUUUCACGAACCAUGCAAAGACCAUUUGAAGGAUGGUCGUACAAUCGUCCAAUUGCUGGCCUGAACGAUGGAGGCGGUAGUGUCAGAGACCCUGCCUUUGGAAGCAUCCCUGAAUAA